AUUUUGGCUCCACAUCUAGCCAAAACAAACGAAACAAACUCUCCCCGCUCCCCCGCCUCGAAACCCUCCGCUCCCCGUCUGCUUCUCGCCGGACUCCGGCCGCCGCGCCGAAUCCGCGCCUCGAUUCGCGGGGGAUAGUCCAGGGCUCUCCCUUCUCCGCCACCCAGGCCGGAGGAUGGCUCCUUGACGAGGCUGAGGCGAGAGAAGUACUCGCACAUACACCGGCCGAAGAUAUGUUGAGCUCUUCGGCUUCGAGGAGGGAGGCGGCGAGGAGCUGCGAGCUCGGGCGGACGUACGGCGGAGAGCCCCCGAGGCCUUCCCCUGCGGCCAAGGCGCGGAGCGGGGAGCUACUGAAAGGCGCCGCGGCGGGGGCCACGGCGGCGGCGGCGGCGGUGCGGCACGAGGGGUGGAUGGUGCGGUACGGGCGGAGGAAGAUCGGGCGGUCCUUCUUCCACACGCGCUACUUCGUCCUCGACAACAAGCUGCUCGCCUACUACAAGAAGCAGCCCAAGGACAACAUGGUGCCACUGAAGGCGCUUGUAAUAGAUGGGAAUUGCAGAGUGGAGGAUAGAGGGCUUAAAACUCACCAUGGACAAAUGGUGUAUGUUCUCUGUGUUUACAAUAAGAAAGAAAAGGACAAUCCAAUCACGAUGGGUGCACAUGACAUCGAGGGUGCCUUAGCCUGGAAAAAGAAGAUAGAGCUCCUUAUUGAUCAGCAACAGGACACUAUGACAGCUAAAAAUCGUAAAGCUUUUGCUUCACUGGACUUUGACAUGGAUCUUGGAGGACCGCUUUCAUUCUCUGACCAUGAUAGUGGUCCUGAGGACGAAGAGGAGCCCCGUCCCACUUUGCUUCGCAGGACAACUAUAGGGAGGGGCCUUCCUGAUUCUGUACAUGACUGGACCAAAGAGCCUGAUAUUGGGCUGUCAAAUCAGAAUGACACCAAUCAAGUUAACUCUAGAAAGAACUGGCGGCUACUGACAUGCCAGAAUGGGUUGCGCAUCUUUGAAGAACUUGUGGAGGUCGAAUACCUUGCAAGAAGUUGUAGCCGUGCUAUGAGGGCUGUUGGUGUGGUGGAAGCCACAUGCGAAGCCAUUUUUGGUCUGAUAAUGAGUAUGGAUGUAACAAGAUAUGAGUGGGACUGUAGCUUCCAGUAUGGGAGUUUAGUUGAAGAGGUUGAUGGUCACACUGCAAUACUAUAUCAUCGUCUACAACUGAACUGGUGUUCAAUGUUGGUUUGGCCCCGAGAUCUUUGUUAUGUACGAUAUUGGCGGCGCAAUGAUGAUGGAAGUUAUGUUGUGCUGUUUCGAUCUACCGAACAUCAGAACUGUGGUCCUCAACCAGGAUUUGCAAGGGCUUCUAUUGAAAGUGGUGGUUUCAAGAUCUCUCCUCUCAAAUCCGUGAAUGGGAGACCCCGCACCCAGGUUCAGCACCUUAUGCAAAUUGAUCUCAAGGGAUGGGGCGUGAAUUACGUCACAUCAUUCCAGUACCACUCAUUGUUGCAGAUGCUGAACUGUGUUGCUGGAUUGCGUGAAUACUUUUCCCAAACUGAUGACAUUCAGACAGUACCGAGGAUUCCUGUGAUGACUACUAUGGCUAAUGCACCCUCAGUGAAAACUGAUAAGAAACGCCAAGAAGCUGACUCAAAGACCAAACAAGGAGAUUCAGCACAAGCAGAUACUGAAAAUUCAGAUAUGAUAGAUGAAGAGUCAGAAGAAGAUGAUGAUUGUCAAGUUCCUGAAACUAGCCUGGAGGAAGACAAUGCCAAAUUUGACAGUGACACAAAGUGCUCUGAUCCGAUAGAUUUGUCUUGCUUUUCGGGCAUUAUUCGUCAGGAUACAAAUGAGAAAAGUCGUAACUGUUGGGCAGUACCAGAUAGCAAGAUCUUCAAAGUUCGUAGCAAGAACUUUUCACGUGACAAAUCAAAGGUAUCUGCAGGGAAGUACCUUAUGGAGCUUGUCGCAGUUGACUGGUUUAAGGAUAACACACGUAUGGAUCAUGUUGCCAAUCGGAAAGGGUGUGCUGCUCAGGUUGCUGCUGAGAAGGGGAUGUUCAGCUUUGUUGUUAACAUACAAAUUCCUGGAUCAAGUCACUACAGUUUGGUUCUCUAUUUUGUCACAAGAUCCUUGAAAAAAGGAUCCCUCUUGCAGCGUUUUGCUGAUGGCGACGAUGAUUUUCGAAACAGUAGAUUGAAGCUUAUCCCUUCUGUUCCAAAGGGAUCCUGGAUAGUGCGACAAAGCGUUGGAAGUACCCCUUGCUUAUUGGGAAAGGCUGUAGAUUGCAGCUACAUCCGUGGUCCAGAGUACAUGGAAGUAGAUGUAGACAUUGGAUCCUCAGCAGUAGCUAAUGGCGUUCUGGGCUUGGUAUUCGGUGUCGUUACCAGUUUAGUAGUCGAUAUGGCUUUCCUCAUACAGGCAAACACAUACGAUGAGCUCCCGGAGCAACUCUUAGGUGCUGCACGGUUCUCGCACAUUGAACCCUCCGCUGCUGUAGUCCCUAAACUUGAUAACAUUUCCCCAGCUGGGCACGUGCAAGGUUCUACAGUUUCUUGGUCUGUCAUUCACAUCAGUCAGUCAAUACUAGUUGUUAGAUGAUUAUAUGGGUUCGGUGAUCGGUUCAUGUACAUACUGCGACCUAGCUUAACUGCCAUUUUUCUUAUUCUUCUUUGGUAAAGCAGUAAUGCUGUAGUUCAUAGUUGAUUGAUACUUCAGACUUGAUUAUUAUUCAUUUCUAUGUAACUAUGUACUAUACACCAUCUGCUCAGGAAAGAAAGUUUAAUUAAUUGUUUCAGUUGACUGAGCUUA